CCAAGUCUGUCGCAAAUCAACAUCAUGUCACUUGACGGUGACACAAUAUGUCUAACCCGAGGUCUAACCCCAUUCAAAAAACCCGUAGACCGCUGAUGGUUCACCGUUUCCCGUGGAGCACCGCUGCAUACCGCACAAAUCCAUCUCGACUUUCCGGUGACCGAAUUCCUGCGAUGACACGCAAAAAUUAGUAACAACAAGCAGGGCAGGGACAGGGAGAAAUUCCAGCUUUUCUAGAACGUCAACAUCGACCUGUGAACAGCACACACGAACGUUAGAAUGACGGCGAAACGCAUUCGUAACAGGGGCUGCAUGCCCUACUUACAGACCGAAGGGGUCUUCGAAAGGGCUCCUCCGAUUGAGGUCCAGAAGGCUGAAGCUAUAUUAUGUUCGUCGUGGAGUCCUUUCAUCCGGUUGUAUAGGCAUAAUACGCUUGCUAGUGCAAGGAAGAACUUUCUCUUCAAACCUUUCAGUGAGCAUGCUCCUCAAGACCAACUGGACUUCGUCCUCUCUUCUACCUUUGAUCAGUCCACCGAAUUCUUUCCUGACCAACUCGACGUCUACCUCCAGCGGGAGACUCAGGACAUCGCAACAUGGCGUCGAUUGAGGAACACCAGGGACUUGACGCCAGACCGAGAAGAGCAGGCCAGUCAAGCCCAGAAGGCAGGACAUGAGGAAGAUGCUGAAGGAAGUGCUUGGGACAGUAAGGGGAAGCCGCCUAAAAAGAAGCUGUCUUUGUCCAAAAAGGGGACCAGGCCGAUUGUCAAGUUGCCUUAUAGGUACAAUUUUGCCCAAAAACUCCUCGUUGGAGGUAUAACAGAACGAAGACAUCCUAGCAAUACCAAGCUGAUGAACUCUUCACACCAUAGUCCUCAAACGAAUGCAGGCUACUCCAGACAACCUUCUGACGGAAACUUCUAUCAGUAUUAACGUAAAAAUAUGUCACUUGUUAGAUUAUUACAGAAUAAUAAAAAAUACAUAAGUA